AUGCAUCUCAGAAGAAAACCAAAAAGAGGGGAGAUAAAACCCACUGAAAUGGUUUCUUUAGAAGCUGGCGCUAUUCUGGCCUUAAAGUUGUUUGAACUCAUGGCCAGUGGAAAGAAGUGGAAUAAUAUUUCUAAGCUAAAGGAGAGGAGACAACGUGGUGGGAGAGUAAUGGGGGCGGCAAGUCUUGGCGCAUGUCUAGCAUUGAAUGACAGCGAGUUCGAUAAGUCCCCAACCAAAUUAUCCCUUACUAAACGAGGCUCUACAAAUUCGUCUCUUUCAUCUGCUCCUUCUCUUUCACACAACUCCGAUAUUGGGAUGAAAGAACAACUGGCCUUUGCGGAAGGGGAACAGUUGGCAGAAAAGCUAGUCGAGGAGCAUAAACUUACCGUUGACCAAGUUUGUGAUCAAUCUAGAAAAUCGCGUAACCUUAUUCCCUGGAGUAGGGGUGGGGACAUUUUUAAGGACACCCAGGUGUUUAAAACCUGA